AUGGAGUGCAAGUAUUGUAUAUUACAAGCGGCAAUAUUAGGUAUAUUCACAUUUGCACGCGGACAGCAUGAGCCAUUCAGGUCAUUACCAGAAGACACAAUUGCUCUACUUGGAUCGGAAGCUUUAUUAAAUUGCAGUUUUACGUCGCCACAGCCUGGAUGGGUGAAAUGGAGUAAAGGAACGACGCUAGUAUCGACCCACAAACUAGUAGAUCCAUUGUUUACAGGAAAAUAUAAAAUCGAAGGCGGUUUUGAGGAAUAUAAUUUACGAAUUUACAACAUUUCACGAAAUGAUCGUGAUUCAUAUGCAUGUUUUGUCGGUGACGAGGCGGAUAACAUCACAGCGAAAGCAGACUUGUAUGUUCUAGAAAACAGAGCGGAAUGCAACGUUGAACCAUCGUACACUGUAGUUUCUGGUGACAAUGUCACGGCAAAGUGCAGUGUCGACUUAUCAGAGGCUGCCCCUAGUGAGUUAGCGUGGUAUCAAAACGGCGUUGAGGUGUCCCGUACACCGAACAAGGCCAAUAUUUUCACGACGUUUUUAAAUAAGACAGAUAACGGAGCAGAGUUCAAAUGUCAAGUUGAACACCACACCUUACUAUCGACGCAGAUUGUUUUAACUUCAUGUUCAAUGACUAUGGACGUGCAAUAUGGUCCUAGUCUACGCGUCAACGGUUCCAGGGAGUGGUACGCCGUAGAAGGCCAAUCAUACUAUGCACACUGUGACGUUGAUGCUAAUCCGGAAGGUGCUGUUUUCUGGGAGGAUACAAUGCAUAACAUUAUUGAAGGCGAAAUAUUAUUAAUAAAUGCGGUCGCUAGAGAUCAACGCGGUAUUUAUACUUGUUAUGCCAACAACUCAUUAUUUAAUGGCAUGGUCAAGAUGAACUCGGCAUAUAUUGACUUGGAUGUGCAAUAUCCUCCAUUGGUGGAAGUUAGUGCACCACGUUUCAGCAGAGAGAGUGAAAACGUAACACUGAACUGCUCUGUGACGGAGGCCAAUCCAAAUACUGAGAAGAUCACGUGGUUAAAGAACGGUGUUGCUCUCACCGUACCAGUAGUCUACACAAUAAUGAACAUAACGAGAGAAUUCACUGGAUACUACUCGUGUACAGCAGUCAACACAUUUCACGAUAAUACUACAGGAAGUGGAAGUCACACUAUAUACCACGAUGUUCAGUAUCCACCGACUCUAACUGUGGUUGAUCAAAACAACGGGACUGUGAUAGAGGGAUAUGAUUUUACGUCGAACUGUUCAGCCGAUGCCAAUCCGAAAGCAAACAUAACGUGGAAGUACCCGAAUGGUUUUAUUCUUCAUGAGUCCCAACUACACUUCGAUGAAAUCCACAGAAAUCGUACUGGUACAUAUACGUGCAGUGCGUCUAACAGAAUGUAUGACGAGGAACUGGGCUCAGCGGAACAAAUUAUAAAUAUCAAUGUACAGUAUCCGCCUACUGUUACCGUCAAUAUGUCAACGGAAUGGUAUGUCAUUGAAGGAAAAUCUUACUAUGCACAUUGCAGAGUUGAUGCUAACCCACGGGCAACAGUUUUUUGGGAAGACAAACUCGGUGUAAUUACUUCCGGAGAAAUCUUGGAAUUGCGUGACGUUCAACGAGAGGAUCACGGGAACUAUUCAUGCUUUGCACGUAAUAGUUUCUGGAACGGUAUUGGUGCAACUGAUUACGAUUAUAUUAUAUUGGAUGUCCAAUACCCUCCCGAUGUUACCGUUUCCAUACCAACUGUUAGCAAGGAAGGAGAAAACAUAACGCUAAUGUGUAGAGUGGAAGAUGCCAACCCUACAACCGAUGACGUCACCUGGAUCAAAGAUGGAGUUAAUUUACAUAAUCCCGCAGUGUAUGAGAUGACAGAUAUAACAAGACUGGCGACUGGAAAUUACACGUGCACUGCAAUAAACACGUUUUAUGAUGGUAGUAUUGGAAUCCGUAAUGUCACUUAUCAUCUCAACGUACAGUAUCCUCCGAGUAUAACUGUGAACAAUCAGAAUAGUGGAAAAGUUAUCCAGGGAAACACGUUCACCGCAUCAUGUGCGGCAGAUGCGAAUCCACAAGCUACUAUAACUUGGACAUAUCCCAGCGGACAAACUGUUGAAGGUUCUCAACUGACGUUCACUGAGAUUGGAAGACGUCAUACAGGAAUGUACACGUGCAAGGCGUUCAAUAUACUGUAUGAUGCCGUGAACGGUUCGGCUGAGGAGACCAUAUACGUAGACGUACAAUCUCCUCCUUCCGUCAGCGUCAACGUAUCCAGUGAAUGGACUGUGAUUGAAGGUAGUUCUUACUAUGCAUAUUGUAAUGUAGACGCCAAUCCACUUCCUACUGUUUACUGGGAAGAUGAAAUGCAUGACAUUAUAGCUGGUGCAGAAUUAAAAAUAAAUGUUGUCAAACGAGAUCAGCAUGGUAUAUAUACGUGCUAUGCUAACAAUACGCUAUGGAAUGGUGAUGUGGGGACAGACUCGGACUAUAUAAAAUUAGAUGUACAAUAUCCCGCAUUAUUGGAAGUGAACGUACCAUUAUUCAGCAAAGAAGGCAUGAACGUCAUAUUCAAUUGUUCUGUAACCGACGCCAAUCCUGUGCCUAAUAGCAUCACAUGGUUAAGAGACGGAGUUAAUCUCAACGUCCCUGCAGUCUACGAAAUCGUAAACAUCAACAGAGAAUUCACUGGAUAUUAUACGUGUACAGCAGUCAACAUAUUACACGAUAAUACGAUCAGAAGUGUGAAUUACACCUCCUUCCAUGAUGUCCAGUAUCCACCGACUCUCACAGUGCUUGAUCAAAACAACGGGACUGUGAUAGAGGGAUAUGAUUUCACGUCGAACUGUUCAGCCGAUGCCAAUCCGAAUGCAAACAUAACGUGGAAGUACCCGAAUGGUUUUAUUCUUCAUGAGUCCCAACUACACUUCGAUGAAGUCCACAGAAAUCGUACUGGUACAUAUACGUGCAGUGCGUCUAACAGAUUGUAUGACGAGGAACUGGGCUCAGCGGAACAGAUUAUAAAUAUCAAUGUACAGUAUUCGCCCACCGUCACUGUCAAUGCGUCAACGCAAUGGUACGUUGUUGAAGGGAAUUCGUACUACGCAUAUUGCAAUGUUGACGCGAACCCAUAUGCGACUGUUUACUGGAAGCACGACCUCAGUGGCAUCAUUUAUGGCGAGAGAUUGGAAAUACAUGGCGUUCAAAGACAGGAUAACGGGAACUAUACCUGUUGUGCACGUAAUACUUUCUGGAACGAUAUAGAUGCCACUGGUUGUAAUCAUAUUAUAUUGGAUGUUCAGUAUUCCCCAAAUGUUACCGUUUCCAUGCCAACUGUUAGCAAGGAAGGAGAAAACAUAACGCUAAUGUGUAGAGUGGAAGAUGCCAAUCCAACAACCGAUGACGUCAUCUGGUUCAAAGAUGGAGUUAAUUUACAUAUUCCCACAGUGUAUGAGAUGACAGAUAUAACGAGAUUGGAGACUGGAAAUUACACGUGCACUGCAAUAAACACGUUUUAUGAUGGUAGUAUUGGAAUCUAUAAUGUCACUCAUCAUCUCAAUGUUCAGUAUCUGCCGUCUGUGAGUGUGACAAUGCCGGAAAUCGCCAAAGAGGGUUCCGAUGUCACAUUAAGUUGUUCUGUAGAAGAUGCCAAUCCUAUGGUAGAAAAUAUCGCAUGGUUUAAGAAUGGAAUAGAUCUCGGUGUUACAUCACUAUUUGAGUUAAUUAACGUCCCGAGAAAUGCAUCAGGAAAUUAUACAUGUUCAGCUGUAAACAUAUUAUACGACGGUAGCGUUGGUUCUGAAAAUAUCACAAAGUAUCUUGAUAUUCAAUACCCUCCAAGUGUGAAAUUGUCGAUGCCGGAAGUUGUCAAAGAAGGUGAUAAUAUAUCGAUGACCUGCUUAGUUUUGGAUGCUAAUCCAAUGGCUGCUGAUAUCACGUGGUAUAAAGACGGCGUAGAUUUACAUAUCCCUGGAGUGUAUACAAUAAUGGACAUAACACGUGAUUCUACAGGGAUAUAUACAUGUACUGCAACUAAUACAUUUCAUGACGGUAGUGAUGGAACAACAAGUGCAUCAAAUUAUUUAAAUGUACAAUAUCUGCCGUCUGUGAGUGUGACAAUGCCGGAAAUCGCCAAAGAGGGUUCCGAUAUCACAUUAAGUUGUUCUGUAGAAGAUGCCAAUCCUAUGGUAGAAAAUAUCGCAUGGUUUAAGAAUGGAAUAGAUCUCGGUGUUACAUCACUGUUUGAGUUAAUUAACGUCCCAAGAAAUGCAUCAGGAAAUUAUACAUGUUCAGCUGUAAACAUAUUCUACGACGGUAGCGUUGGUUCUGUGAAUGUCACGAAGUAUCUUGAUGUUCAAUACUCUCCAACUGUGAAAUUGUCGAUGCCGGAAGUUGGCAAAGAAGGUGAUAAUAUAUCGAUGACCUGCUUAGUUUUGAAUGCUAAUCCAAUGACUGCUGAUAUCACGUGGUAUAAAGACGGCGUAGAUUUACAUAUCCCUGGAGUGUAUACAAUAAUGGACAUAACACGUGAUUCUACAGGGAUAUAUACAUGUACUGCAACUAAUACAUUUCAUGACGGUAGUGAUGGAACAACAAGUGCAUCAAAUUAUUUAAAUGUACAAUAUCUGCCGUCUGUGAGUGUGACAAUGUCGGAAAUCGCCAAAGAGGGUUCCGAUAUCACAUUAAAUUGUUCUGUAGAAGAUGCCAAUCCUAUGGUAGAAAAUAUCGCAUGGUUUAAGAAUGGAAUAGAUCUCGGUGUUACAUCACUGUUUGAGUUAAUUAACGUCCCAAGAAAUGCAUCAGGAAAUUAUACAUGUUCAGCUGUAAACAUAUUCUACGACGGUAGCGUUGGUUCUGUGAAUGUCACGAAGUAUCUUGAUGUUCAAUACUCCCCAACUGUGAAAUUGUCGAUGCCGUAUGUUGGCAAAGAAGGUGAUAAUAUAUCGAUGACCUGCUUCGUGUUGGAUGCUAACCCAAUGACUGUUGAUAUCACGUGGGACAAAGACGGCGUAGAUUUACAUAUCCCUGGAGUGUAUACAAUAAUGGACAUAACACGUGAUUCUACAGGGAUAUAUACAUGUACUGCAACUAAUACAUUUCAUGACGGUAGUGAUGGAACAACAAGUGCAUCAGAGUAUUUAAAUGUACAAUAUCCUGGAAAUGUUAGUAUCACUGGCCCUUCAGAGCCACCUCUCAGAGGCGAUGUAUUUAACAUCACGUGUUCAAUAUCGGGUGGUGUCCCAGAUCCUUACAAGAUGGAGUUAUACCGUGUUACUGUUACUGAUGGAGAUACUGUAAUACGUGAAGACAUAAAUGAACACGGGGUUAUCUUUAUCAAUGUCAUCAACACUGCUAGUAGUAAAUUAAAUGAAACAUAUUACUGUAAAUCAUAUAUUACAUUUUAUGAUAAUACAGAACUUCAGCCAGAAAGUACGAAACUGGAUAUUCAAAUAUAUUAUUCACCUUUGAUCACUGGUGAGGAUGUCACAGUGAAACACAACGAAGAUGCAUUCUUGGUGUGUACAGUAGAUUCUAACCCAUCCGUUGAAUCCGUCGUAUGGAAGGAUACUAAUAUGAAAUCCAUCGCUUCAGACGUCACCACUGUACGAGAUGGUACGCUCGUUACAUCGACGUUGACGCUUAGAGACGUCGCAAAGACAAACGAAGGGAAAUACACGUGUAUUGCUGUAAGCGAUAUAUUUUCGGAACACAGUCUUGUCAUUAAAUUAUAUGUAUCAGAAUCUGCACCAACUGUAUCUACAUUGUCUCUGGCUGUUAUAAUUGGUGUAAUUGUUGCGGUGGUUGUUGCAGUUGUUGUUAUUAUCUAUGUUGUUUAUUCGAGGAUUAACAAAAAACGAAAGAGCCGUUCUGUGGUGAUCACCAAACACGGGUGA